AUGUCCAUUGCUGUGUGUGCACCGAAGCAUUUUGUGCUCAAGGAAUCACAUCCGCUAACAAAGGAGUUGUACGCAAAUGUGUUUGGUGAACCAUCACCGUCGCUGCACCGGAACGUGAGCCGUCUAUUUGACGUCAGUAGUCUAACAGAGAACCCAGCCUUGUUCCGGCAGGUCAUCCAGUUCCUUGGUGAACGCUACCGCAGCAUGGGUGCCGAUGGCCCGACUCACAUCCUCGGUCUCGAGUCUCGUGGAUACCUCAUUGGAGCGCCUCUGGCACUGGAGCUUGGCAUUCCUUUUGUUCUUGCCCGCGAAACGAAACGGUUUCCCUCUUCCUUUGUUCGUGAGAGUCCAAAUGCCACCGCUUUGGUUCCAUCUCACUCAAUUCGUAACAACAGUAUCUCAAGUGACUCACGUGUUCUCAUUGUUGAUGACUUCAUCGCUACAGGCAAGACCGUCAUCUCUGUGCUGUGGCUUACGGAUAUUGUUGGUGCCAAAGUGGUGGAAGUGGUGGCCGCGUGUGAUGUGCCGCGCCUCAACGGUGUUGGUGCUAUCCAUAAGGCGGGUGAUGGAACAUUUAAAGAAAUACCUGUAUUGACGCUGAUGCAUUUCAAGGCGACCCGUGAGGCAAUUAAAGCGCAGCUCCAAAUUCUCAAGCCGAUAACUGCCAGGUCUCAGUUGUGA